AUGUCUGACCCUUCGCCGACUUUUGACAUCCCCAAGGAGUGCUGGGGCGGAGUCGUGAAAAAUGAAGGUCCUGAUUUCUAUGUUGAGGUUGAGAAGGUGCCAGUGCCGGAGAUUGGCCCCCACGAUGUCCUUCUCAAGCUGAACGCCACGGGACUUUGCCUAAGCGAUGUUCACUUCAUGGUCGGUGACUGGGCCCUGCCCAAGAUGUCCGAGAUGGGUACGAAGUGCGCGGGACACGAAGGCGCGGGAGUCAUUGUCAAAGUCGGCGAACAAGUCAAGACUCUGAAAGUUGGCCAAAGAGCGGGUUUCAAGCCCAUACAGGAUGUUUGCCAUAACUGUGAAUAUUGCAAGACCGGCAAGGAGCAGUACUGUUCGAAGGCUGUCCUGACUGGAGGGCAAACAGACGGCUCAUACAAGCAAUACGUGGUCUCACCCGAAAAUUACACUACCGUGAUACCGGAGGGCAUCUCCGAUUAUGUGGCCGGACCGGUCAUGUGCUCAGCGGCUACCGUUUAUACGUCGAUCAAGGAGUCUCAACUGAGACCCGGGCAAUAUGCCGUCUUCCCCGGCGGUGGUGGUGGCGUUGGCAUCCAGGGUGUGCAACUGGCCUCUGCUAUGGGUCUUCGCCCAAUCGUGGUAGAUUCUGGCGAGGACAAGAAGAAACUGGCUUUGAGUUUGGGCGCGGAGCAUUUUAUCGAUUUCAAAGAAGGCGAUCCCGUCAAAAGAGUGGUGGAACUGACUGAAGGUGGUGCACACGGUGUGCAAGCAUAUCCAAUUGCUCCUAGCUAUCUCGGUGCACGCGUUGGAGGCAUCGUCAUGUGCAUCGGACUUCCUCCGUCAGGGAAAUUUCAUAUUGACGUCGAUCCUGGUGCCCUUGCUUUCAGGAAUCAAGCCAUCAAGGGCACUUUGGUCUCAAGCCUGGCCGACGUUGAUGAAACCCUGGAUUUUGCAAAACGAGGUCUACUGAAACUCGAGCCUACGGUUGUAGGAUUGAGCAAAUUCAAUGAAUCGGUGCAAAAGCUCAAGAAUGGGCAAGUUGCAGGACGAAUUGUCGUCGACUUCAACAUGCCGUGA